AUGAUUAAAGAAUCAGAGCUAGAAUUGAGAAAGGAAUCAAAAAAUAUAACAUCAACCUUUCAAGUUGAUUCUGAAAAAGGAAAAGUGGUUGAAGAGGUGAAGUCAAAUCUGUUAGAGAAUGGUGAACAGUCAAGUUCAUCCAAUAAUGUUAUUGCUAAAGUUUUACCAGAGAAAGUGAAGGAAUUUCCUUGUCUUUUUUGUAACAAGAAGUUCUCGACUGCUCAAGCUCUUGGAGGACACCAAGGUGCUCAUAAGCGUGAACGUGACUUCAAAAAAAAUGAAGAAAAAGAGAGGGAGGAUAACAUGUUUAGAUCUAAUCUGUCACACCUUUAUCCUUAUUCAAGUCCUAGUCACUAUCAAGGGUAUCCUUAUUUUUGUGGCAACUUCCAACAAUCAGUUGGGACUCAAAUGAGCAAUAUCAUGCCUUCUUUGCUUGAUCCUCUAUUUGUUGGUUAUAGAGGGAUGUAUUUGCCAAAUACACCCUCUCAACCACCUCCAUUUGUGAUGUCAAUACCAAAGUCACCCAUAACAACACCACAACUUGAGAUGACUAAUUUUAUGGGUGGAAUUCAAACUUCUACUCUGCCAAUUCCUCAGAUCCCAAAUAUUAUGGAGUUAGGACUUUUUGGUCAAACUAAUCAAACUCCUUCAUUUUGUCAGGGUGCAGAAGAAAGUUUCAAUGUUCAAUUUCCUUCUUAUGAUCUUCCAAUAGAAACUCGUGAUUUUAUUGGAGAAGGCCAACUUCUAGCAGAGGUCAAUGUGUCUUCUUUAUCAACUGAAUCAACAAUAGUGGAGGAACUCGACUUGAAUCUCAAACUUUAA